AUGAGUAAUAGAGUGCUAAGGCGGUUCUCCUUUUCUUCUUCUAUUAAAGAAUUUAUAGAAUGUGUUUCUGUUGAGCUAUUCUCAGCAGGCUAUGGCCCAGAGGAGCAGCAGUACUAUACAAUAUAUGGAGAAAACACUCGAGUUGAAGUAAAGGAGCUGGAAAGACCACACUCGCCAAUUAUUGAACUAAUGUUUAUAGGCAUGCUGUGUAUUCUGUGCACUGUUGUAUUUAAGUGCGCAGUGUGCUCAAUGAAAUCAAGAAUUUUUAAUGUAUCUGUAGGGUGUUUAUACAUAAAUUUCUGUCUCUCUCUUAUAACAGUUGUUCUUGUGUGUUUAGAGUUCAGAAAGCUCUACAAAGCAGAAUCUGUAUAAGAAGUAAUCAGAAACAAUAAAAUGGUAUAACCCGAA